UAUUCUUAACUAUGGAGCAAAAUAUCAGUGGUAUAAUUGCAUAUCCAACGACAGAACGAGGGGCAAGGAAACCGAAAUGUGCUCGAUGUAGAAACCAUGGAGUUAUAUCUUGGUUAAAAGGUCACAAACGACAUUGUCCAUAUAGAGAUUGUUUAUGCGCAAAAUGCAACUUGAUUGCGGAAAGACAACGAGUUAUGGCAGCCCAAGUUGCACUAAAAAGACAACAAGCAGCAGAAGAUGCAAUAGCACUAGGAAUUCGUGCUGCCAAUGCGCCGACAGGAAUGGGAGCGAGCGGGUAUCUUGAACCAGGACCGGUUUUUCCCGCCGGUGAUCCAGAAGGUUACAACGGACAAUCAGAUAACGAUUUGGAAAAUGAACCCCAAUCGACCUCAGAAAGCGAUGAAAUAUCAACAAAUUUACCGAUUGACAAAGCUAAAGAUAUGGAUAAGAGCAAGCUAACCGUUGAGACAGGGUUAGCAGAAUUUGCCUGCAAAGAUGAUCUGAAAAGAAAACGAGAUGAUGAAGAACAAGGAACGACAAAGCAUAAAAUGAGGAAAAAUAGUGUACAUGAUGAAACACAAAAUUCUGCAGUUAGUCUGUCAAAUAUUAUGACUCCUGCUUUUAGGCCAGGGAGACUAAGUCAACUGGAAAUUUUAGGUCGACUAUUUCCAAAUCAAAAAGCAAAUGUACUCGGCCUGGUGCUUCAGGGAUGUAACGGCGACAUUGUGAAAACCAUUGAACACUUUUUAUCAGUAAAUGAGACUCUUCCGCAUAUGUCUAUUUCCAAACCAGUCAAUUCAACUUCUUCCAUGUCUUUACUACCGGAAAGUUCACGCAGAAACGUAUACACAGCAGCCGUAUUUGACAUUACGAAAAAAUUAUCACCAGAUUUAUAUGAUACAGAAAUAUCCUCAUUUGCUAAGAAGAUACCUACGGAAACACCGUUCCAAAGAAUGAUAAACUCUGGUACAUUACCUUGUGUCACUUUACCGAGCAACGAUUAUUCUCGAAGUAUGAGUCUGUGGGAUAAACCGAUUUCAUAUGAUGCACCUAAAUCAUUGAAUAUGACUUCUUGUACAACCCAUUUGGGAAAUCCGCUACAAGGAAAUUUAUCCGGUUACAACGGCCCAUCGCUUGUAUCGCCUUCACUCUUGAGCGCGUUUUCAACAUUUCAUCCAGUCGGUGGAGUUCUACCAUCUCCAUUUCUCCUUCCCCAAACGCCAGAUAAAAUACCUAACAUGCCAAUAAGUUCCCAUUUUCCUGGCACAAAUGCCGCAACAAGCCCCUUCACAAUACCUCUCGGUCUUUAUAGCUCCCCUUAUAGUCUUUUUACAAACGGUCCAAAGAAAACAAUAAACCAAUAA